AUGGCGUUUGAAAAUGCGACGGUGACUAAAGGGUUGAUGCUGGGCAUCGCUUUCACAAGCAUUGCCGUGGGGAUUUUCGAUAUCAAGCAUUACGCGAACCUACAGCUAAGCCCUCAUCUGUCGAGGUAUCAUCAAUAUUGGCGCCUUUUUACGUACCAUCUAGCCUGUGUGAACUCCAGCGAUUUGCUCCUGAUUGAACUGCUCCUAUACAACGUCGGCGUGCAGAUCGAACGCUCAUUUGGAAGUGUAAAAUAUGCAUCCUUCCUUGCUGUCUCGACGUUGGUCUCGACGAUCAUCACCUUUCUAUGCCUCCUCAUCUUCCAGAUCUCCCGCGUUACUGGCAACAUGUUCAACAACCUUCACUCAGGCCCCAUAUCUCUCAUCUUCAGCAUCAUGUAUCAAUAUGUGCGACUUGUGCCGCAAGCAUACCAGCUGAAGGUAUUCGGCGCAGUCUUCAGCGAUAAAAUAUGGGUCUAUGUUAUUGCCGGUCAGCUUGCCAUAUCAUGGCUACCCGCCAGUCUUGUGCCAACUCUUAUCGGACUCCUCACGGGAUUCAUAUACAGAUCUGAUAUGCUGCAACUCAAGAGCUGGCGCAUUCCCCAUCGAUUGCAAGUAUUCGCUGAGACCUACCUACAACUGCUACUUGGGGAGGGCCGGAUCAUGAGGCGUUCGAAUCGUGUUUUCCCCGACGCUCGCCUUUCCAAUCGAGCCAAUCAACCAAGCACGUCGGACGCCGAUGUAGUGACAACUGCCCCCCUCCGGAGGAGCCGCAUGCACCCCCAAGAGCGGACUGGAAACCGCCGACAGUCCGACAUUCGGGCUUUGAUGGUGAUGUUCCCGGACGUCGGACAGGAGGCUAUUACGGACGUUGUCCAGCGAAGGUGA